AUGGAAACUGCAGAGCCACAAUCCGCAGUGUCAGAACCAGCAGCAGUUGUGGAACGUGAUGAAGAACAAGAACAAGAUGAAGCUGAAGCUGAAACACAAGCAACAACCACAGAAGAACUGCCGGUAACUGAAACUGAAAAUGAAGCUGAAACAGACACGCCAGACUUGGUGGAAACUACGACGGAAGAAGAGCUAGCGGAAGACACUACAAAUGCCACACCAAUACCAGCAGACUUGGCUCCUAAAGUUGUGGAAGAAGCAACUCAUGCUAUUGCUGGGGGUGAUAAUGACGACAGUCGGCCUCUACGAAUCUUGUUCUUGUCAGAUGAGACUGGAGGAGGCCACAGAGCGUCAGCGGAAGCCUUGGGCAAGCAGUUUAUGAUUCAAUACCCCGGUUCCACAGUUGAAAUUUGCAACCUAUGGACAGAAGCGGGAGAUCGUGUCUUCAACUCUUUGGUCAAGUCCUACAAACACAUGUCAGCUAGUCCCUGGCAAUGGAAACUCUUUUAUCAUGCCACCAAUACCAAGGUGGUGGAAGUCAUUGGCAAGAAUCAUGCCAAUAUCUUUUGUGCAGAAAAAGUGAAGGCACGCAUUUAUGAGUUUCUACCCGAUGCAGUCAUUUCAGUCCAUCCCACCAUGAAUCAUUUGGCAAGAAUUCAAACCAGAGUGAUUGGCAAGGAACUUGGAAAGCACAUUCCAUUUUAUACCGUGGUGACUGAUUUAGGUUCCGCCCACUCGACAUGGUUUCAAAAGGAAGUCAACAAGAUUUAUGUCCCGACUAUCAAUUUGGUAUAUUUGGCCACCCAACGACAAAUUCCACCUGCCAAUAUUGUCUUGACGGGAUUGCCCAUAAGACAUGGAUUUGCCGUCCAGGCCAAGGCAUUGCAUGGAGACAGAACCCUACCAGAAUCCAAGGAAUACAUCGAACAGGUCCGACAAUCCUUGGGAAUAAUGAUGGAGGAGGAGGAAAAACAAGACGAAAAGGAAACCAAAGAUGAACCCGAAUCAACACCAUCGCCAAAGUCAUCUCCCAUGAUCCUAAUCAUGGGCGGUGGUGAAGGUGUCGGAUCAUUGUCUGAUAUUGUCAAUCAGCUCUAUGCUACCUUGACUCUAGAAGGACAAGAUGCUACACUUUGUGUGGUCUGUGGUCGCAACGCACAGCUAAAGGAAGAAUUGGAACAUCGAGAUUGGUUUGCGGUGGUGGAAGCGGCCUUGCAAAAGAGGAUUCGCAAACGUCGAAUGAAUCGCACAUUCAAAGAACGAAUCAUGACGAGCACUCCUCCACCCAACUUUUGUUCUCCAGACACUGUCAUUUGCGAUGAGUCCAUGGCACUGUCAGGGUUAAUGUCGAGGAAUAAGAAUUACCGAAUGGAUGGACCCAAGAGCAUGGAACAAGUCAUGGCGGAAGCCCACGAAGCACCACAAUCGCCACGCACUAGUAGCAAUAAAGCAAUGGUCGACUCGACUGCAAAUCUUACCAAGAGUCCUCUGAUGCAACUCAUGACCAAAUUGCCAGGAAUUACCCAAAAGAGGCCACCCGCUGACACCCCACCACCACCACUGACGGCUGAUAAUGAUACUGAUGAUGAUGCGGAGCAAUCGCAAGCAACAGGAGACAAUGUCAUUAUGAUCAAGGAUAAAGGAGGAAGAGAAGACGAUGAUGAUGAUGACGAAGAAGAUGUCGGAUUGAAUCCUCCUGCUAGCGCUCCCAUACCACUUGCCGCACCUCCGGCAAUUCAACCGGGACGUGUCCAUGUGGUCGGUUUGGGAUUUGUCACCAAUAUGGAAGAGUACAUGGUGGCAGCCGAUAUACUGGUCACCAAGGCUGGGCCAGGAACCAUUGCCGAAGCGGCAGCGGUGGGACUUCCCGUUUUCUUGACAAGUUUCUUGCCUGGACAAGAAGCCGGUAAUGUCGACGUUGUCUUGGAAGCUGGAUUUGGGGACUAUUGCGAGGAUCCUCUAGAAAUCUCGAAUCGUGUCUGCAAUUGGCUCAAGGACGAUAGCAUUCUUCCUGUUAUGAGUCGGGCGGCCCACAAGGCGGGUAGUCCUCAUGCGGCCGAUGACAUUGCCAGAGACAUUGGAUCGGAGACGGUCACAUGGAUGAAAAUGAAUGAGCGAUGGAAGGGUGAUCCAAUUUACCAACCUUUUAUCGAAAUGGGACACACUUUGGUUCUGGAUUCUUAUCUGCACGACAAGUCAGCGGUUGAAAAUUUGGCCAGAAUCUCGUCUGCCAAUCAAUUGGCCAACUCGGAGAGUACGAGAAGGAGUUUGGUGACUGCCGCGGGAGUUGGCGUUGGGGCUGCGGUAGGUGCUGUCGUGGCGGGACCUUUGUUGCCAAUUGGUUUAGCGGUGGGAAGUGCGAUGAUACCUGCCUUGCCCGUUGGAUUGGUGGUUGGUGGUACUGUCAGUGGACUGGCUGCCAACCAAUACAACAAACAGGAUUCUACUACGAAUGCUGCUGCACAAAAUGGUGAAGGAGCAGGAGAAGAAGAAGGCAAGGAAGAUGAGCAGAAGGAGGAACGGGACGACGAAGCACCCAAGUCUCGGUUCUUUGGAUGGGGUUCCAAUCCACCUACUCCCAUAAAUGCCCCCAAUGAUUCCAACGCACCAACUCCUGUUGGUGAUGAGGCCGAAACCAAAUCCAAGUGGUUUGGCUGGGGCAAUAAGAAGGCAGCCGAUGCUGCUGUCGAUGAAUCCCUUGUGCCCGCCCCCGAAACUGUAACCAAUGGAACAUCAGAGGCCAGCCUUGUUUCCGAGCCGGUGCAAGGAUGA